AUGCUGUCACACAUACUCUUCGUCUUGGUCGCCAUCACCAGCCUGGCUACUACCCAAACCAUCGAUCCCAGCUCUAUCCCCCAGGCCACGCGUGACCAAUGGUGCCAGCAGCAACAGACAUCCUGCCCUCUCAUCUGUAUGCAGCUACCCAAAAGCGACUCGACAGAACAAAACAAAUGUGACUCUUCAACCCUCGACUUCUCCUGCGUCUGUGGUAACGGCCAGUCGCCCAAUUCUUCCGAAUACUCCCAGACGAUACCAUACUUUAUCUGCACCGCCUACAACUCUCAGUGCCAGACCAACUGCAACGGCAACUCGACCUGCCAAGCAGCCUGCGUCCAGGACCAUCCUUGCGGUGCCCAGGAUCCGACUCGCUACAACACCACAAGCACUGCCGCUGCCACUGCCACCGCUUCUUCCACCGGCAAUGCUGGCAAUGUGGUUUACACCGGCUGGGGAACGGCUGCUGGGGCUGCUGCAACAGGUUCAUCUGAUGGAAACACCGGAGGCGCUUCGCGUCCGCUAUUUGUUGAAAUCGGCCAGUUUUAUGGUCUUUUGGUGGUUGUAGCAGGUCUGAUCGGUGGUAUUGCCGUUGUUCUAUAA